CUUCCUUUCCUGGAAUUCCCAUGGAAUUCACACUCCAAGGAAAAAAAAUCAAAGGAAAAACCAUUCCCAAAUUUUUCCCUCCUCCGAAAUUCCAGAGGUUCUUUUUGUUGGUUUUUUGGGAAAGGGAUGAAAAUUUCCCACAUUUGGGGCUUUUCCCUCUGGGAAUUCUCCACUCCAGAAGGAAAUGGGAUCAAAGCCAUUCCCGGGGAUUUUUGGGAAAAUCCCGUGGGAUGAGGGAGUGAGGAGGAGCCGGAGCCUCCUGGAAUUCCCAACGUUCCCAGGGCUCCCUUUUCCUGGGAUUUGCCCCGGGAUCUCUCCAGGACAAUCCCGGCCAGGGCAGGUGGGGGGAUUGGGAUCCUCCUGCAUCCACGUUCCCAAAUCUCCUUCCCAAAUUCCCAAAUCUCCUUCCCUGUUCCCAGAUCCCAAAGUCCCCAACCCCAAAUCUCCAUCUCCAAUCCAAAAUUCCAUCUCCAAUUCCCAAAUCUCCACCCCCAUUCCCAAAUUCUGUCCCUAAUCCCAGUUUCCAUCCCCAGUUCCCAAAUUUUCCUUCCCAAUCCCCAUCCCUGAUCCCACCGGGAUUUUUCCCACCCCGGAGUGGGAACACGGAGCUUUUCCCUUUGGGAAUCCCGGGUUUUCCUGCCCUUAUUGCUCUGGAAAAUGGCUUCCAUUUGGGAUCCCAAAAAAAAAAACCAAACCCCAAAAUUCCAUGGAUUCUUCGAAAGAGGAGGAGAGAAAAAAACCCGAAAAAAAUUCCAACCUGAUUUUUGGGAAGAGGGAACAGGAGGGGGCUUGGGACCACUUCCCCCCCUCCCCCCCUUUUCCCAGCUUUUCCCUCUUUUCCCAGAUUUUUCCCUUUGGGAAUGGAUGUCUUCAAGUGCCACCAACCCCGCGAAGCGAAGCAGGGAAAGGAGGGAGCGCAUUCCCAGCAUGGAUCCCGCUGGAAUCCAGGGAAUCCCGGGAAUCUGGGAAAUCCAGGAAUUCCUUCCCGCGGCAGCAGCGAAGCGGCUCCCACCCCCUCCCGCAUUGUCCCUCCCCGUGUCCCCUCCUUGUCCCGCCCUUUAUUGCGACAGAAUUCCAGGGAAUUCGGAGCUGGAGCCGGGAAUGUCCCGCUGGGGUUUGGGAUUUGGGAGAAGCGGCACCGGCGGCGGGAUCGGGGUUGGGAUUUAGUGCAAGAAACGCUGCCCAUGCACGGCAUUCCCGGGAAAUGCGCCCCAUUCCCGGCUGGAGAACUCCCGGGAAGGAUCUCCCGGAUUUGGGAUUGGGAUCCGCGAUUGGGAUCCGGGAUCCAGGCGGGGGGAGCGGGCGGAGCAGGGUUGAGGCACGGCUGAAUCGGGCUCGUCCCGGGGAUCCCGGGAAUUCCAGGAGCGGGAUGUGGCUCCCGGGGAUCCAAAGGCUGGAGCGCGGCGUCUCUGGAGGAAACGGAGUGUGGGAGAGUUUGGGAUGCUCCAAAAACCGGGAUCACUGCCCCCGGUUCCCAUGGAAAACCGGGAUGCUCCAAAAACCGGGAUCACUGCCCCCGGUUCCCAUGGAAGCCGGGGUAACUGUCCCCGGUGAGCCCAGGAAGUUUCAGGAUGCUCCGGCCGCACCGGGAUGUUCCGGCCGCACCGGGAUAACUCGCGCCGUGCCCC